UACGCCGCAUAGCACAUUGCACGGAAUAACAUAAAUAAACAUACGAGAAUGAUUUCGCGCCGCAAGAUUAUAUCACGUUCCUUGGACAAUCUGGACGCCAUUGGGCAAGACGAUCAAGAGGAGGAUGUUUGGCACGAUCGCGAAAAGUUGUUUCGCGAUCAUAUUAACGAAGUGCUGGCCAAGUGGGAACAAAUUGAUGAUGAAAUUUGGGCCAAGAUAAUUGUGUUCGAAAAAAAUCGGCGCGUAGCUAAGGCCUAUGCGCGCUCCAAUGUGAUAACCAUAAACGGUUCCAAGCAUGGCUUCGAUGGCGUCCGAAUUGGCUUGAACGGAUUUGAGAAUCCCAUGCGUGAUGCCGAAACAAAGGUCAUUAAAAAAUCCAUUGGCGAUGGCUUUAAGAUCAAAAUGGACGAUACUGGCAACAUAUUCAUCAAGCGCUAUGGCAAGAGCAACAUCUAUGUGAACAACACUUCCUUGGCCAACGAGGAGACAGUCAUUGGCGCCGAUAUCAUGCAAAUGCCGCAAAUGUCCUUAACGGCCGGCACCUCCUCGAAGUUGUUUGACAUGAAGAAGUUCCAGACCAACAUAAAUCGUGAAUGCUCACGCAGUUAUCCGGAGUGCAGCCGUUUGGAGCGCCAGUGUCUGUCGGCGGUCUCUCUGGUCAAGUCAAACAAUAAUCUACUCAAUUCGCCACUCUGGAUUAUGGUUGUCAAUGUGGUUGCCAUGGACAUGCUGAAGAAUCGCUUGCAAACGCUGCCUAAAUCGUUGGAUGCACUUGGCAUGCGUAUUCCACUGACAUUGACCCAGACCAGCGAGGAUCCAUAUUCCACCAUUGAGAGCCAAGUGGGUCUCAUUUAUCCCACACCAGCCGCCUCUGAUGAUUCCCAAAACUCGAGCAAUUCCAGCAAGGGUAGACGCAGCGUCUUCAGUGCGACCUUCCUAAACGAAAGUCCCUAUGUGCCGAAGCCGGACUACGAGCUGACUGCAUCCACGCCGCCGGCUUAUGCAGAUAAGAAGCGUCAGAAGAAUACACAGCAGCAGCGCAAAAAGCAAGAUGAUCCGUAUUAUUGCGGCUUGCUUGCACGCAUACCCAACUUCAUCAAGUCAUCCAAGCAACAGCAUGCCAGUAAGCCCAAGAAGGAGCCGAAGAUCUCGCGUAAGAUUUCGGCGCAGCAUCAUCAGUUCCUGUUGGCCGCACAGCAACAGCAGCAGCAGCAGUUGCCGCAGACGACGACGCCCAUCCCAAUAGCCACCUUCCAUCAUUCGUAUUUCCCAUACAAGCUCUAUCCUCCGCAGCAUCGGCUCUCGCAGUCGCAGUUGUCGCUGUGGGAUGCGCGUAGUCUAAUCAGCGCACAUGAAUGAAACAUUCGAGCUGGCCUUAAUUUAUUCAUCGCCUAGCAUUAUAAUAUAAUAUUUAGUCAAAGCAUACGUUUCAAAUUUUGGUCAGUGGAAUGCAUUUCGCUCAGUUUUGUGAUGAUAAAUUAUUCGAAAUGCAGCCAUCUUUAUCAGCAUACUUUUGGGCGUAUAACUAAUAAUACGCAAUAACACUUACAGUACUUAUUAACCACAAUUAAUGAUAAGACACCUGAGAUGAGAUUUAAUAAUUAUGCAAUUUGUAAUAAUUAAAAUUAAAAUUUUGCCAUAGUUUUUAAAUCGUUUAAGACUGAGAACGUCCUAGAGUCGACUUGUGCACAAUAAAUAAGCGAAUGAAGGAAAAGAAAUUUUAAGAAAUUGGCACAUUUUGAAAACAAAGAAGUAAGUAAGAGGAUUUGUUGUCAUAAGCAGAUUGUUUGCUACUUUA